AAAUAACCGGGAAUUGGAUGUCGCAUUUAACCGAAGCAUGAGUGGUUACCAAUAUCUGGAUGUGAAGCUGAAACUCCGUGAUCCAGACUCUGUGACCUUGACGCCCGUUUUCCUCUGCGGCUGCAUUCUCAACUCGUUGGCCAGUAUUUUCGGUGAAAUCGGUGGCCAAACGGCGCUGGAAAUCGUGAAAUUCAGCUCGAGCCAAAAGCGAUCAAUUUUCCGCGUUUCCGAGGAUUUCCUGGAACGCGUUCGCAUAGCUAUAGCCCUGAUCGGCUACUACCAGGAGGUGCCCUGCCAUUUCCAGGUGCUGAGCACAUCCCGCCGGCCAAUAAACUUCGAGGAAUCCGCCGAGGAGUUCAUAGCAUUUAACUAG